AUGACAAGUGAGGAGAGGAGAGAAGAGAAGGGGAUGAAGAGGAAGAAUGCUCAUCGGAGCGAAGAGCAAGAAGAUGCAGAAGUGGAUCAAGAUGCCUUGGAGAGGCUUGAAAGGAUGCAAAGAGAGCGAAUCAUGGAGAUGUUCGGUUAUGAUGCGGAAGAAGAGAACGCGAUCCUGAGAGCCAAGUCAGAGUCAAAGAGCACCAAGGUUCAGCCGAAGCAAGCACAGCCCCUCAGCAGCAAGAAGCCGAAGGUUCAGAGCUCCAGCAGUGUGAGGGUGUCGGGGCCCUCUGAGCCGGUUCGAAAUGAGUUGCCCAAGUUCGAUGGAAAGGGGUCACGUCCUUCACGUCCUGUGAAGGUCAGCAGGGAGAGCGAGGCGACGACCUCGAGGCCGAAGGCGUCAGAGAAUUUCAUGUCCUCGAAAGUCUCAAAAGUACAUGGGGGCGAGGAGAAGGCUUCAAGCGGCGUGAUCAAAGGAAGGACGCUGAAGCGGAAGACCGGGGAUGAUGAGUUCAUAUCCACUGCCAGGAUUGUAGAGGAGCUAGGUGCUUCGAUGUUUGCAGGCAGGAAGAGAAGAGCGUGGGAAGCGAAGAGGCUGAAGGAGAUGGGAGCCAAGGGGCCCAAGAACCAGAAAGUCCCCUACGACAUUCUGAUGCGGCGGAAGAAGAAGAUGGCGAAACUGGACGAGCGGCAAGAGAAGAUGGAGGUCGAGUCAGGGAUGAAGCUCAAGGCCACGAAGAAGAAGAAGAAGGGCAAGACCAUCCACUCCCUCAACACUGUUGGUGUCAUGACAGUGAAGCCGUUAGAGCAGAAAAAACGAGGAAGAGGGAGAUAG